AUGGAUGACGAUUGGGAUGAAACCUGUGAUGUUGUUCAACCACAACAUCAGUCAACAGCACAGAAAAAUUUUAGCAGUUAUGAUGUAGAUGAAGGUCACAGUUUGUCCAGAGGAAGGGGAUUCCCCACAUUUAUAGAAGACAAUGGUGAUUUCAACAAGGGCAGCAACAAUUUUGAAGAACGAAGAGGUAGGGGAGGCGGUUAUGAUCGUGGUGGACGUGGUCGGGGUGGUCGAGGAACACGAGGGGGUGGACGAGAUAGAGGCUAUGAGAAUGGAGGUGAUAACUAUGGAGAUGGCGAAAGGGACAGACAGGAGAGGGGCGAGCGUGGGCGUGGCAGGGGGAGGGGCCGCGGUGGGCGGGGCUUCAGGCCGACCGGAGAUGAAGGGGGAGAAUCAAACGAAGAGGCUGGAGAAGAUAAGAAGGCCCCCGUAACAUAUGUGCCACCAGAGCCAACUGAAAAUGAAGACGAAAUAUUCAGCAGCACAAUCAGUUCCGGCAUCAAUUUCGAUAAGUUCGAUUGUAUUGCGGUUAAAGUGACUGGAGAGAAUCCACCACGAGCGAUCGAGAGUUUUGAAACUGCUAAUCUGCGUAAUUAUGUAUUAGACAACAUUCUGAAGUCGGGAUAUAAAAAACCCACGCCAAUACAGAAACAUGCUAUACCAAUCAUCAUGAACGGAAGAGAUUUGAUGGGCUGUGCUCAAACUGGCUCUGGGAAAACUGCGGCGUUCCUACUUCCUAUUAUAAAUACUCUCUUACAAGACCUUCGCGAACUGGUAGUCAGUCCAAGCGGAUGUGCGCAGCCCCAGGUUGUAAUAGUAGCCCCUACUCGUGAAUUGACAAUACAAAUAUUUAAUGAGGCCAGGAAAUUCUCUUACGGAUCCAUUUUAAAGAUCGCUGUGGCUUAUGGCGGUACGGCUGUAAGACAUCAAGGGGAUAAUAUAGCUCGCGGCUGCCACAUACUAGUAGCUACACCAGGUAGACUUCACGAUUUUGUUGAUCGUAACCGCGUGUCGUUCGAUAGCGUGCGAUUUGUUGUAUUAGACGAAGCUGAUCGUAUGUUGGACAUGGGAUUUAUGCCCAGUGUUGAAAAGAUGAUGGAUCAUCCCACCAUGGUUAACAUUACAGAGCGUCAAACCCUUAUGUUUUCGGCCACAUUUCCCGAAGAUAUUCAACAUUUGGCUGGACGUUUCCUCAAUAACUAUCUAUUUGUGGCUGUGGGAGUAGUCGGCGGCGCCAGUACGGAUGUUGAACAAAUAUUCCAUCAAGUUACUAAGUACGAGAAGCAAAAUACGCUAAAGAAACUCAUCGAAGACAAUGAUGGUAAACGCAUCCUAGUAUUUGUCGAAACGAAGCGGAAUGCGGAUUUCAUAGCAGCUAUGUUGUCUGAACAACAGAUGCUCACAUCAUCUAUACAUGGUGACAGAAUGCAGAGAGAGAGAGAGGAAGCUUUACAUAAUUUCAAAAGUGGCAGGCAUUGUAUAUUAGUAGCUACUGCAGUAGCUGCAAGAGGAUUAGAUAUCAAAAAUGUCGAUAUAGUCGUGAAUUACGACCUCCCUAAAAGUAUAGACGAGUAUGUACACAGAAUCGGCAGGACCGGUCGCGUUGGCAACAGAGGCAAGGCUGUGUCGUUCUAUGAUUCUGAUCAAGAUAUUGCUUUAGCAGCAGAUCUAGCUAAGAUCCUCCGUCAAGCCGAACAGCCAGUACCUGAGUUCUUACAGAGUGGUGGUAUCGCUACCUAUAAGGGCAACAAAUAUGGCGGCAGCGAUAUUAGGAACUUCAACAAUGCAAGCACAACUGUUGAUCAAGGUCAAGAGCCCGAUGAGGAGUGGUAA